AUGACAAUGGAGAAAUUCAUAGGUAUAAUGGACAAGUACCAGGAGCAACCUCACUUGUUGGAUCACCACUUAGAGUGGAUGCUGAAUUCAUUGUUGGAUAUAGUACGGGACAAGGGAUCUCCUCCCCCACUAAUUCACCUGGCUUUUAAAUUUCUUUACAUCAUUACAAAGGUGAGAGGGUACAAACGUUUCCUCCCACUGUUUCCUCAUGAAGUAGGUGAUCUACAGCCUGUUUUGGAUAUGCUUGUAGACCAGAAUCCAAAAGACUCUGAGACUUGGGAAACACGUUAUAUGCUUUUAUUAUGGCUCUCCAUGAUAUGCUUGAUUCCUUUUGAUCUGGCCCGUUUUGAUGGAAAUGUUAUUUCUGAGGAAGGGCAUGCUCGUCUGCCAACAAUGGAUCGCAUCCUUACGGUAGCAAAAUGUUACUUGGUUGUCAGUGAUAAGGCUCGGGAUGCAGCUGCUGUACUGGUUUCAAAAUUUAUUGUCCGCCUUGAUGUCAGGCAAAAAAGGAUGGCAGACUUCCUCGACUGGACACUUUCAAUGUUAUCUAAAUCCUCCUUCAAGACCAUGGAGGGGACUGUUGUUAUUAAUGGCAUGCUCCAGGCCCUGGCACAGUUAUUUAAACAUGGCAAAAGAGAAGAUUGUUUACCAUAUGCUGCUACUGUACUUGAGUGUCUUGAUAACUGCAAGCUGUCAGAAAGUAAUCAGAUGGUUCUUCGCAAGCUAGGGAUGAAACUUGUUCAACGACUUGGAAUGACAUUUGUGAAACCAAAGGUAGCAAAAUGGAGAUACCAGCGUGGCUGUCGAUCCCUGGCUGCCAAUCUGCAAAUUCAGGGUUCAGUUGUGCAGACUCAAAUGGUAACAGUUGCUGCUAAUGAAGCUGACGAUGAAGAGGAAUAUGACAUUCCAGGAGAGAUUGAAAAUGUUGUAGAGCAAUUGUUGGUUGGACUGAAGGACAAAGACACUAUUGUCAGGUGGUCUGCAGCAAAAGGAAUUGGCAGAAUAACUGGAAGACUUCCAAAAGAAUUAGCAGAUGAUGUGAUCGGGUCUCUGUUGGAAUGUUUUAGUUUCCAGGAAACAGACAAUGCAUGGCAUGGGGGAUGCCUGGCUCUGGCUGAAUUAGGCAGAAGAGGAUUGUUACUCCCUUCCCGAAUCUCAGAUGUUGUUCCUGUCAUUUUGAAAGCGCUGACAUAUGACGAGAAGAGAGGGGCAUGCAGCGUGGGUUCCAACGUGAGAGAUGCAGCGUGCUAUGUGUGCUGGGCCUUUGCUCGUGCUUAUGAUCCUGCAGAACUGAUACCUUUUAUUAAUCAGAUUUCAAGUGCAUUGGUUAUUGCUGCAGUAUUUGAUCGUGAUGUUAACUGCAGAAGAGCCGCUUCUGCUGCCUUCCAGGAGAAUGUUGGGAGACAGGGCACUUUUCCACAUGGCAUAGACAUUCUCACUGCAGCUGAUUAUUUUGCUGUUGGUAACAGAGUUAACUGUUAUCUGAGUAUAAGUGUGUAUAUUGCUGGCUUUCCUGAGUAUACACAGCCGAUGAUUGAUCAUUUAAUUAACACGAAGAUUAUGCACUGGGAUAGUGCUAUUCGAGAACUUUCAACCAAAGCGCUGCAUAACCUUACUCCACGGGCACCUGAAUACAUGGCAAAUGUGGUUUUGCCAAGACUUCUACCUUUAUCUGUGGGCACAGAUCUGCACACACGCCAUGGGGCAAUUCUUGCCUGUGCUGAGAUCACCCAUGCACUGUGUAAACUAGCAGAAGAGAAUAAUAGAUCUAUAAAAUAUUAUAUCAAUGAAAAGUCGUUGGAGGGACUUAAGCAAAUCCAUCAAGAGCUUUGCAGUCGUCAAUUAUACAGGGGUUUAGGUGGAGAACUGAUGAGACCAGCUGUCUGCACUUUAAUUGAAAAGUUGUCACUAUCAAAAAUGCCAUUUAGAGGAGAUCCCGUAAUUGGUGGCUGGCAGUGGUUAAUAAAUGACAGUCUAAGAAGUCUCCCUCUUGUGUCAAGCACUGCACGGCAGCAUGUAAAGGAGUCUGCAGUCUCUGCACUGGCUGCGCUGUGUAAUGAAUAUUACAUCAAUGAAAAGGGAGAAGCUGAUGCAGCUCUACAGGAUGAGCUGGUGACACAGUAUGUUUCAGAACUACAAAACACAGAGGAAAUGAUUCGUUGUGGCUUUUCACGAGCUCUUGGUGCCCUUCCAAGAUUUCUGCUAAAGGGCAGGCUCCAACAGGUUUUGGAAGGUUUGAAAAAAGUUACCUUAAUUUCCUCUGGAAACGUGAGCUUUGCAGAAUCCAGAAGAGAUGCCCUGAUAGCAAUUGCAAAGGUUUGCCAGACAGUAGGUGUAAAGGGAGAAGGAUCCCCGGAGGAGUAUGUCUGCAAAGAUAACAUUGCUCAGAUUUAUGCUACACUCCUUAGUGGUGUGAAUGACUACACCACAGACAGCCGAGGAGAUGUUGGUGGAUGGGUACGUGAAGCUGCUAUGACAAGUUUAAUGGAAGUGACGCUUCUGCUGGUUCAGAACGAAGCGGAGUUAUUUAAUGCCAACGUCUGCAAACAGAUUAUGUGCUGGCUGGCCCAACAGUCCGCUGAAAAAAUUGAUAAAUUUCGAGCUCAUGCAGGAUCAGUGUUCCUUACUCUUUUACAUUUUGACCAGCCUCCAGUUCCACACAUACCUCAUCGAGAAGAGCUAGAGAGGAUAUUUCCAAGGUCAGAGAAAGAGACUGUAAACUGGAAUGCCGCAUCAGAAGCUUUCCCUCAAAUCACCCAGCUUUUGGCUUUGCCAGUGUACCAGUACUAUGUGCUUUUGGGUCUCACAGUGUCUGUUGGUGGAUUAACAGAGACAACGCUCCGAUACUCUGCCCAGAGCCUUUUUGACUACAUGAAGAAAAUCAAGAAUGAUUCCUGUGCUAUGCAGAGUUUUUGUGAGACGUUGCUAAAGGUCUUUGAGGACAACCUGCGGAAUGACCGGGUGUCUGUACCUCUCCUGACAAUGCUGGACCAAAUGCUGGCAAACGGCUGUUUUGAUAUGUUUACCACGCAAGAGGACCAUCCCUUUUCAGUGAAGUUAUUCACCUUUUGUAAAGAAGAGAUCAAAAGAUCCAAAGACAUCCGGAAGCUUCGCUCCAGCAUAGGAGUGUUUUGUGGCCUGAUUCAAUUUCAAGGAGACAUGAGAGAGAAAGUUUUAUUUCAGUUGUUUCUCCUUCUUUGCCAUCCAUUUCCUAUAAUCCGCAAAACGACAGCCAGUCAAAUUUACGAAAUGUUGAUAACGUACAGUGAUGUGGCUGAUCCUGCCGUUAUGGACGAGGCUCUGACCAUACUCAGCGAUACCAACUGGUAA